AUGGCAGGAUAUUUAUCAGCUGGUCCACAGAAAACCGAUAAAGACGAAGAAAAUCAAAAGAUUCACGAAGAAAUAGGUGAAACACGUUUCGCAACCGAUGCUAUUCAUGUUGGGCAAGAACCAGAACGAUGGCCUGGUCAAGCUGUUGUUCCACCCAUUUCAAUGGCCACAACAUUCAAACAAUUAGAACCGGGCAAACCUGUUCUUUACGAAUACAGUCGAUGCGGAAAUCCAACACGACAGUGUUUAGAAGAAUGUUUAGCUUCAUUAGAAAAAGCACGAUAUUCAUUAACAUUUUCAUCAGGUCUUGGUGCAACUACUACUCUGAUGUUUAUGCUCAAAUCAGGCGAUCAUAUUGUCUCCAUCGACGAUGUUUACGGUGGUACUGGUCGAUUGUUUAGACGAUGCAUGGCACAAAUGGGUGUCGAAAGUUCAUUUGUUGAUAUGUCGACUGAUCCAUCUUCGGUUACAAAACAUUUGAAACCAAACACACGUCUCGUUUGGAUCGAAACACCCACAAAUCCUUUACUUAAAUUAGCUGAUAUCGAACAAAUUUCAUCAGCCGUUCAUGCGUAUGAUCCCAAAAUUAUGGUUCUCGUUGAUAAUACAUUUGCCACAGCUUACUUUCAACGUCCGCUGGCACUCGGUGCUGAUUUAGUUUUACAUUCAUUAACUAAAUAUAUGAAUGGUCAUUCUGAUGUUGUCAUGGGCUGUCUAAUGAUGAAUAACGAAGAACUUUACAAACAAUUAAGCUUUCUUCAAUAUGCUAUUGGUGCUGUUCCAUCACCUUUUGAUUGUUAUCUGGUCAAUCGUGGUCUUAAAACAUUAUCUGUCCGAAUGAAACAACAUAUGGCCUCUGGUUUACGCAUUGCUAAAUAUCUUGAAAAGCAUCAACACGUCGCACGUGUUAUCUAUCCACCAUUGGAGUCUCACCCUCAACAUGAUUUAUACAAAAAACAAAUGUCUGGUUUUAGUGGAAUGAUAUCGAUUUAUUUGAAAGGUGAUGAUGCGGUGAAAAGUCAACGAUUUCUGAAACAACUCAAAUUAUUUACAACAGCUGAAUCACUUGGUGGAUAUGAGUCUUUAGUUGAGCUUCCCGCCGUCAUGACCCACGCAAGUGUUCCUGAAGAACAUCGUCGUCUUUUAGGUAUUACGGAUGGUCUCAUUCGUAUGUCUGUUGGCUUAGAAGAUGUUCAAGAUUUAAUCGAUGAUAUCGAAGCUGCUCUUCAAUAUGCAUUCUCUGAUAAAAAAGAUUAG